AUGGUCGAGUUUGCCGUCGCCUACUCCGAUGCGGUGCUGGACCAAGGACCUCCGCCUCAACAGAUCCUAGCUUGGUGGGAAGUCCGAUCAUUUGUUGCUCAAAAUCCAACAAAUCGGAGGAGGAAUGCGCGAGAAGUAAGUCUAUCAUUAAUGGCAAGCUUGCAUGUUGAUGUUCUCAACAAGAUGAACCAUACAGACGAGGGACCUCCCAGGCACAGCAACUCCUCCGUCCCAGGCUUAUGCCUUGCCGUCGGAACAAUGAAUUCAAGGUUUUGCAGGAUCCAAUGUGUCGCUAAGGCUGGCUGGUUGAUUGACGCGGACUACCGCGGCCCGGUGGGCAGUGUGCUCUUUAAUGACUCGAAGGCGGACUUCGCCGUGAAGACCGGCGACCGCAUUGCACAGAUGAUCAUCCAGAUGUUCACUAUUGUAUCCAUGAAUGCUGCAAGUGUUAAAGAUGGUUCUUUGACGUGA